AUGGACCAUAAGGAUUUGCUAAUAGGGAUAGUGUUCUUACUUCAGAGUACAGUUGGUAUUCUUGGGAAUUUCUCUCUUCUUUCCUGCUACCUCAUUCAUUAUUAUACUGAACAGACAUUAAAGACCACAGAUUUGCUACUUACACACCUGUUCACAGCCAACUCCUUGAUCAUUCUUUCUAAAGGAUUUCUCUAUACAAUGAGAGCUUUUGGAAUUAAAGAUUUCAACAAUGAUUUUGGCUGCGAAUUUCUUUUGUAUAUUGCAAGACUAGGCAGGGGAAUGUCCAUAGGCACCACCUGCUUCUUGAGUGUUUUCCAGGCCAUCACCAUCAGCCCUGGGAGCUCUUUUGGUUUGUGUCUUAAAGUCAAAGCUUCAAAGCACAUUGGUCUCUAUACUUCCUGCUGCUGGAUUCACUACAUGUCAGUAAAUAUGGUUUUCCCUAUGUAUAGAUAUACCAAGGGGAACAGCAAUAAUCUGACUCAUAAGAGUAUAAUAAAUUACUGCUCCACAUCAGGUCAUGAUGACCUUGCAAACUCAUUAUAUACAGCAUUUUUUGUUCUUCCUGAAAUUUUGUUUUCUGUCAUUAUUGUUUGGUCCAGCAGCUCCAUGGUUAUCAUUCUGUAUAGGCACAAACAACGGGUUCAGCAUAUCCGCAGCACCAGUGUUUCCUCCAGAACAUCCCCCGAGUCCAAAGCCACCCACCGUAUAAUGGCUCUGGUGUUGACAUUUAUAGGUUUUUAUGCCCUCUCUUCCGUUUUACAAGGAUUCAUUGCUCUCAUAUAUAACCCUGGUUGGUGGCUGAUGAACAUUACUGCAAUCAUUUCAAUGUGUUUUCCUACUUUGGGGCCCUUUGUUAUGAGCCAUGAUUCACAGUGCCAAUGUUAUGCUUUUCGGGAGUAA